CCUCACGGAACACAACUGCACUGUCAGAGCAUGGAGAAAAAUACUGACCGGUGUGAAUUGAAAACACUGCGAGUUCAAAUCAGCAAGAAUCACUGGCACGUCACGCCACUGUCAUGUCUCGGCUGUGUGUGAAUGGACCUUAAUUUAAUGCCGUCAAUGGUGAAGUUAGUCGUAGAUUCAAAUUUGACAGAUGGCGUUCUUAUAGCUAUUUUUACGCCUAGCUUCAAUUGAUUCACGUUUUGACAAAUUUAUUGGAUGGAAAUGUCGUCAUCCGAAUUUUUCUAUUUAUAAGGUAGCGCACGCGUAAUUUCCGUGGAAAUCGCCAUAUUUUUAUUUUAUUAUUGUAAUUGGGAAAGUCUUUGAUAUAAUUUUGACAUGGCAAAAACUCUAAACGGAGAAUGGAUUCACAGUGAUCUAUAGGUAAAAAAUGAAGCUCCGCUAAAGGUGUAGAAGAAAAAGAUAAUACAGGAUGGGUGCAUUUCUUGAAAAGCCAAAGACAGACAAAUUUCAAGAUUCUGGGGAAGGUAACGGCAUUCGCUAUGGGGUGGCCAGCAUGCAGGGAUGGCGCGUCGAAAUGGAGGAUGCCCACAUGGCCAAGACUAACCUGGGCGACGCGCUCAAGGACUGGUCUUACUUUGCUGUGUUCGAUGGACAUGCCGGAGCUAUGGUCUCUGCACACUGUGCCGAGCACUUGCUGGACACAAUCAUGGCCACAGAGGAGUUCCAGGAGGAUGUAAUGAAGGCCAUCCAUAAAGGAUUCCUAGAGCUAGACUCCAAGAUGCGUUCGCUGCCCGAAAUGACAUCUGGAGAGGACAAAAGCGGAACAACAGCUGUAUGCGCGUUCGUGUCGCCAAAGACUAUUUACAUAGCCAAUUGCGGUGAUUCCCGGGCUGUAUUGUGCAACAAGGGCCAGCCUGUCUUCAGCACGCAAGAUCAUAAACCUGGAUUGCCCACUGAAAGAGACAGGAUCGUGAAGGCUGGAGGGAGCGUCAUGAUACAGAGGGUAAACGGCAGCCUGGCCGUGAGUCGCGCUCUGGGCGACUUCGAGUACAAGAACGUGGAGGGCCGCGGCCCGUGCGAGCAGCUGGUGUCUCCAGAGCCAGAGAUCUUCGUUCGAGAGCGCGACGAGGAAGGCGACGAGUUCCUGGUCUUGGCCUGUGACGGCAUCUGGGACGUGAUGACCAACGAGGAGCUGUGCGCUUACAUCAGGAACCGUUUAACCGUUACCGACAGCCUAAAGGAGGUCACCGCUCAGGUGAUCGAUACCUGUCUGUACAAGGGAAGUCGAGAUAACAUGAGCAUUGUACUUGUGGUUUUCCCUGGUGCUCCAAAACCAACUAUGGAAGCCAUUCAAGCCGAAAAGAGACUGGAUGAAGAACUUGAAUCGCGCAUUUUUGACAUUGUAAGUUUCGAAGAUAAGGAGUUUGGAAAUGUCUUGCAAAUACUGCUGUCUUCAGAUAUACAAGGAUUACCACCGGCGGGACUUGCAUCAAAGCGCGCACUAAUCGAUAAGAUCUACAAAAACCUAUGUCCGGAUCAGGCAGAAACAGUAAGUCCAAGUUAUAUAUGCGAUAUAGAUUGACAGCCGACCUCAUUUCCAGUUUGCCAUAAUAAACGUUGACAAUAUGAUUGUUCAUUACUGAUACUCCCUUAUUUUGACGUUACGGGGAUGGCACAACAUACACACAAAAACUCAGCAAAACCGUAAUUUUAUCUUGAUUGUUCCCUUCCGUCAACACGUAUAUGCUAUCUCUCCCAGCCAGUAAAAUAAAAUAGUAUAGGUAAUGUAUUGGCGAUAUAUUUUUUCUUUUUGCUUGUCCAUAUUGAUAUUGUUGUGUAAGUUAUUGUGUGGAGUUGAUUACUUAUACUGUUUUAUUGACUGAAUCCAUGUUGUACAGCAGUUAUAUUUGUAUAUUGAAUAAAGCAGGAGUUUUUAAAAACGUUGUUUAUUUUUGGUUUUCGAGGUGUUGUAUUGCUUGGUGAGGUCAAACUAAUCGAGAGGAUUGUGCAUGUACAGAUAUUACCAUUGCCUCUGGCAUAUCUGCCUGGAGCAUACAAGGCGAUUUUUGUCAAGCUGAUAUGAGCUAUGUUUAAUUUUAAUGAUUAGCUUUCGAGAGAUAUAGAACUUUAAAUUGGAACAAAAAGAACGUUUAUUAUAAUAACAGAAAUGUAGCAAAAUUGUUGGGGGAAAUUGUGAGGGAGGAAACAUUUGGUGAAACUCAAGAAAAUGGGUCAUGUCAAGAAAAAAAUGCUUAAUCUAUUUUCUAUUAAUGAAAAAUGCAUGAAAUUAUUAUUUUUCAUACAAAUAUUGCUAACAGAUUCCAACUCUGUUCCCUUUUUUGACCGUAAAAUAUAAAUAAACAUUUGAAUUGGAUAGAAAAACCGGUAAAAAUGAAGCAAAAGCUAGUCUGUUGCAUCGCGCAUUUUUAGUAGUAUAAACGUACAAAUUAAAUUAAAAUGGCAACAUUGUUUCAGCGAACUGCAUGUUUGAAUAAAUUCAGGUAGAUCGGUUUUGUAGCCGAAAUUCAACAUUUUUCAGCUAGACUCAGAUCAGUAAAACUCGCCAUGUAUGAUGCUAUAAAAUUUUCAACAAAGUAACAGCAUUUUGCUUCUGCACUCACCAUUGAUAAUUAGGUAUCUUCAUUAGUAAAACUAUUUGGAGAGACUGUUUCCAAAAAAUCUUUAAGGGCCGUAUCGUCAGUCGUGGCUCCCUUGGUUCUCAUAGUGUUCUACUCUUCCGUGUCAGCGCUCUAUUUUGAGGUUAUAUUACAUAUAUCUAUUUACAUCAAAUUGUUCAUAUUUUUGAUUUAUAUCAUCUGUUAUAUAGCCUGAAAUUUUCUACAAUUCAAAAAGAAAACAUUGAUAAUAUGGGGUUGUCCAAAAGGGACGCAGUAAAGUAAACGCAUAUUAAAACAAGAAAGAUUGAUAUUCAAAUCAAGUUGGGUACUUUAUUUUGAAGGUUCAUUUAUACCAUUUAUGUAUGAAAAAUA